UAGGGUUUGAGGUACAAGUGCAUGUGGAAGUGUGAUGGCGGAUGAAAAAUUCAUAGGUGAGACGGAAAAUGAGUCGCCCCCUGAGAAGAAAUUGAAAUUGGAGGUUGAUGAUAACAAGGAUGAUUUGAAGGGUGAGGAUGAUACAGGAUCUGAUUUGAAGGGUGAGGAUGGAGAGUAUGAUCCAUAUGAUUUCAUGGGUGAGGAUGAUACCGGAUCUGAUUUGAAGGGUGAGGAUGGAGAGCCGAUCAACUAUGAUCCAUAUGAUUGGCAAACUUACCCAGAUAAGGACGUUUUUAUCAAAUAUUAUCAACAGCUACGCGAGAGCGAUGGUUUUGAUUUUGAUGAAUACCCUGGGUCGUGCAUGUUUGCUCCCAUCUACCCCAUUCUAGGAUUUGAACGUCAUCCUGAGUAUGUGGCUAGGAUCAAGGGUUAUGCUUCAAUGGCAAUCAAGAAGUACUACCGCAAACGCAAGGAUGGGAAGGAACGCAAAGUUAAGGAGAUUGUGAGGAUAAAUGCAGGUGGCCCUAGUGACUUUAACUUCUACAUCACCUUUAAAAUUGAUAAUGCUGGGAAGGAAGAAACUUUUCAAGCUAAGGUUGUAAUCUUGAUUGAUGACACAAUUGAGAUUCCAAUAUGCAGGCGCAAAAAGGUCUAACUUGUUGCUGAAAUAUCUGUGGUGACUCCCUUGCGAACAAAACUUUGCUUUCUUCUACUAAACUAGAGCUUGUAAUAUUGGUUUUCGUAUUUGCCAUUGACAAUUUAUUGGCAAGGUACUCGUACUUUUUUCAUGCUUUUGACUUGUAAUGGCUCUAAAUAUAAAUCCCUCAAACACUAUAUGCUACAGCCUACAAGUAUAUGUUCUCAGUAUCUGAAUAGGUUAGUAACAAGUUCACUUUUGAGACA